AUGCCCAUUUAUGUACGAAACCCUCCGAAAAAUGGAGAUACCAAUAGCAAACUGGAAGAAUGGAGUAUAGUAGAGCUCCAGGGAGAUCUCGACGUUCGUGGGGAGCGUAUAAUGGCUGGACAGUUUAUUGGAGAUUUGCUGUACAAUAAAUAUGGCCAACCGAUUCUAAUCAUUGGGCAUCACAUACUGCAGGGACGGUUGCAGAAAAUCGACAAACCGCUACUGGUACUGGAAAAGUGCGACCUGAACAGCCCAGACGGCGUGGAAGAGGAAACGAUGUUAGAUAUCAGCCAACUAACGCAAACGCAGAGUCAGGAUCUGGACUCGACCGCACAUUCCGUCACCUCGAACCGCACCAUCCUCGACUCUACCGUUGCCAUUGAGCACAAGGUAGUGCCCAAGGUGGAGUACCGGGUGCGAGCCGUUGUACGGAACAAGGUGUUGUUCAAGGCACGACCAAAACCCAUCAUUGCCAACGUCUCCAAAACGGUUUGA